AUGAAAUCGAAGCCAGUGCCCAGAGAAAGGAUGUGAAGGCAGACUAAAUAUGAGCUAGUCAACAAGUGCAGACGAAACGUGUUCAGAGGAAGACGUGAUCUCCAUUACAUCCUUCACUCUCGUUGUCUGAGGACAUUUUCGCCAAUAUCCUGGUUGGUUGCCAAGAGCCUAGAGAUUAGGCAAUAUGACACUUUUCCGAGCGACUCGAAAUAUGCUGGGACUGCGCAGCAGGAUUAAGGCAAUGGUUAUCCCGAGAAAGUUAGCUAACAUUCCCACCAUGGCCCCAACUUGUUCUCGCUUCUUCUACCGUGGACCAUGGCGUGAUCCCUUCACUCACAUGGAAGAAUUCAUGAAAGAUAUGGAAAGGAAAUUUAAGAGAGACAUUGAUAGCAGCCUGAGUUCAUUUUUCAGAGAUGUUCCUCGUGUGGUGGGUUCACAAGCUUUGGAGACUGCACCGGUGAUUACAAAGCCAGGUUUUGGACAUGUGCAGAAUAUCUCGACAGAGGACAGGUACAAACUAGCAUUCAACUUUAUCGAUGCCAAACCAGAGGAUAUCAAAGUUACUCUAAAAGGACGAACAUUGACUGUCUCUGGAAAAGCUGAAUCCUCGACCGAAACAUCCCAGGUCAAGCAUGCAAUGUCUGUAGAGUACCAGCUGCCAGAGGAAGUGGAUGUCGAUGCUCUGGAGUCUUCCCUCUCCCAUGAUGGAAUCUUGACAAUUGAGGCACCCCAGACUCCACCUAAGGGGCCAGAAACUUCUCAAACAAUAAACAUCAAGAGGGAAGAAUAAGUAUGAUAGUGCCUGUUUUUUUAGGGACUAUGAAAGUAGAGCAAUCAUUGCAUACAACAAUACCCUGCAAUCUUAUGUUUUUCCCUCUAUAUUAUGCUGGACAGGUCACAAGUAAAAUAAUUUUUGUGGACACCUUUUGUAUACAAGAAAUACUAUAUGCUGAAAAUUAAAAUUAUUCAAGUAAAUUUAUUUUACAUUUUAGGACUUAUCUACCAGUGAUCUGAUACUAAAGAAAAAUUGUUAAAUGUAUGCUGUAUAUAUAGUGAUUUAAUCAGUAAGGAAGUUACUUUAGAAAACAAAACAUGGGUACUGCAUAACGUUUGCACAAUGUAACAAUUUUUUUUGCUAUAUUGGGUGAUCAUUUUGUUUAGAUUAAAAUAUUCCAGCUGCUGUAGUCUAUAGGAGGUUAAAUAUGAAUAAUCUUCAUUUAAUUACUAAGUUAAGAUAAGUACAUACACUGAACAACAUCUCUUGUUAUAAUGUUGCCAUAUACAUUUAGCCUAAGUUUUAAUAAAUACUGUAUCAAUCAUAAUAUUUUUUAAAUAAAGGGAAUACCAAACUUAGAA